AUGGGAAGAAAGAAAACAAGUAAAUCAAUUGAUGACAGUUUCAAUGAGGAUGAUGAAUUCGAUCUAGAUGACCCAUCAUCAAAACAAAAGGAUGAAGUAGUAGAGGACGACGAUGAUAUUGAUGUAGAAGAAGAGGAAGAGGAAGAGGAAGAUGAUACAUCUAAGAAGAGAAAAAGAGUUACAAGAUCAACAAUAAAGAAGCCUGCUGCUGCGGUAAAAGCUGAUCCUGCCACUACACAACUUCCAUAUCAAGAUAGAAUAUUCAUUGUAUAUAAUCAUGAGAAUAAUUUAAAUAAAGAUAUAAAUAAUAAUAAUAAUAAUAAUCAAAAUAAUCAAAAUAAUAAUGAUAAAGAUGAAAAUAAAGAUAAAGAUAAUAAUUUAACUAUUGUAUCAAUUUUAAAUCCGAAAUCGAAAUGUACAAAUCAAUCAUUUACUAAUGUAAUGCGUUACUCACUCAUUUCAGAUAAUGAAACAAGAUAUAUUGUAGAUAGAAAGAAUCAAAUUGUAAUGGAGAUUAAUAACUAUAAGGAAUCACCUUCAUCUUGGUUUAUGAAUAAUGGUGUUAGACAUGAUGGAUCAUUAUAUAUGAGUUGUCCAAUUGAUCCUUUGUUCUUGAUAAUCGGUUAUCUCGAGAGAUCUAGAAGUCAGAGUGGAGGCAACGCUUCGGACUCUGGUGGAAAUGUAUCGAAAGUUCAGUUUGUUGAGAAAUCACAGUUGGAGAGUGACCAACCCGGUAAGGAACUGAAAGCAGCUGGCUACACAUUCACACACGAACAACUAGAGUUGAUAUGUGACCAUACAACGCUCUACUCGAGUGAUCUCUAUAGGCUGAGCGACGACCGACUACUCCUCUGGCUAAAGUGCAAGGCAAGAUCGCUUGCCACCUACUUGGAGACCUCGAACACCAAUAUCUACCGUGCAUCCUCACUGACCACCAACAAAGCCGGCACGACCAAGCUGCAGUGGUUACAGAUGGCUCUCGAGUUCCUCAGUGAGUAUCUCAACGAGAAAUGGAUGCUAAAGUUGCGUGAAUCUUUGAUAUCAAACAAAACAUCAGCAGCAAGCAAUUCUACAACUGCCGACGAUUCCAACUUGAUUUACAAUGCUCGUAUGGAACAAUUUGCACUGCCCGACUCAAUAGCCAACAACAACAACAAUAGCUCUGCUGCCACCAAGAAGAAGUCUGCCACCAAAGCAAAACUAGCAGUUGCACCCAAACAGAAUUCAAAGAUAUCAGAUUUCUUUAAGUAA